GACAAUUCCACUUUAUCAGUCACUCCCACUCCCCCGACGAAGCCCAUCGUCGAGUCUCGCUCGAAUCUCUCGCAUGGCGGAGGAGGAGGAGCUCGAGGCGGAACGCAACUCCGAUCGCCGCCACCUCUCCCGCUCCGAUUUCCCUCCCAACUUCGUCUUCGGCGUCGCCACCUCUGCUUAUCAAAUCGAAGGAGCUUCCGGCGAGGGUGGGAGAGGCGCCAGCAUUUGGGAUGACUUCUCACGUGUCGAAGGAAGGAUCGUGGAUGGGAGCAAUGGGGAUGUGGCCGUGGAUCACUAUCACCGCUACGAGGAAGACAUUGAUCUUAUAGCAAAGCUUGGGUUUGAUGCUUAUCGAUUUUCCAUAUCAUGGUCUCGCAUAUACCCUGAUGGAUUGGGUACUCAAAUCAAUAUGGAAGGGAUUACAUAUUAUAACAAACUAAUUGAUGCGCUUGUUAAAAAAGGUAUCCAGCCGUAUGCGACAUUGUAUCAUUGGGAUCUUCCUUUGCAUCUUCAUAACUCAAUGGGAGGGUGGUUAAGUAAGCAAAUUAUAAAUUGGUUUGCAACAUAUGCGGAAACAUGCUUUGCAAAUUUUGGUGAUCGAGUAAAGAACUGGAUUACGAUCAAUGAACCCCUCCAAACUGCGGUCAAUGGGUAUGGUAUCGGCAUAUUUGCUCCUGGAAGGUGUGAACAUUCCAAUACUGAACCAUACUUGGUCGCGCACCACCAGCUCCUGGCACAUGCUGCUGCUGUCUCAGUGUAUAGGAAGAAAUACAGGGACCAUCAAGGUGGGCAAAUAGGUUUGGUGGUGGACUGUGAAUGGGCAGAGGCUUACUCACAAAAGACGGAAGACAAAGAGGCUGCAGCAAGGCGUCUUGAUUUUCAGCUUGGCUGGUACCUCGACCCUAUUUAUUAUGGAGACUAUCCUAAAGUCAUGCGUGAAAAACUUGGAGAUCGGCUUCCUGAAUUUUCUGAGGAAGACAUCGAGUUGCUUAGAAACUCGGUGGACUUUGUUGGUCUAAAUCACUAUACAACCAGGUUUAUAGCUCAUGCAAGUGAAAGUCCUGAAGAAAGUGAUUUCUACAAAGCUCAACAGAUGAAGAGAAUUGAAAAAGGGGAAGGAGGGGAAACUAUUGGUGAAAAGGCAGCAUCAGAAUGGCUUUAUGUUGUUCCAUGGGGCAUUAGAAAGGUUCUCAAUUACAUAGUGCAGAGAUACAAUAAUCCCCCGAUAUAUGUCACCGAGAAUGGAAUGGAUGAUGAAGACAAUGACCUUUCACCUCUCCAUGAGAUGCUAGAUGAUAAACUGCGAACUACUUAUUUUAAGAGAUACCUGGCUGAAGUUGCCCAGGCCGUCAAGGAUGGGGCGGAUGUGAGAGGAUAUUUUGCUUGGUCGCUUUUAGACAACUUUGAGUGGGCUCAAGGUUAUACGAAACGCUUUGGGUUGAUUUACGUCGACUACAAGAACGGGCUAUCUCGACAUCCCAAGUCGUCUGCGUAUUGGUUCUUGCGGUUUUUGAAAGGCGACGAUGGAAAGAGUGGGAAGGAGGAGUAGUCGAUUAAAACUUUCUCCUUUUACUGUAUCAUCAUAAAGCAAUGUAUUGGCAUGUAGAAAGAGAUUCUAUGCUUUUCGUCGUUGGUUGUCCGCCAGCCGAGGAGCAUAAAGGCGAU